GCUGUUGCGUGGAUUACUUCAUGUGUGAGGAAAGAUUGUACUCUACGAAUACUGUCAAGCAGGGCUGCCAAAACUCCUUCCUGGGAGGCAGAAACAUUUCUGGUUACCGUUUUAAUCAACAACUAAUACAGACCUGGGACACUAGGAUGGAGGAACAACGGAAUCCCAAUUCAGAAUUGUUUCAACACAAAGGAUUCAAUCUGAUCAGAGGUGUUCAUGACUCUGAACACAUUGACUCACUGAAGACAUUUGAAGUACGAGAGGAUGACAUAUUAGUCGUUACCUACCCAAAGUCAGGAACAACAUGGAUGCAGUAUAUCAUAUCAUUAAUGUUUCAUGAAAGUGAAAUGACCCAAGGCGAUGAAGUUACAAUGAAGCAUGUUCCUUGGCUUGAAGUGAAAUACCCAAAAAUAGACUUUGGUAGGAUGUCUUCUCCACGUACCUUUGUCUCCCACCUGCCAACUUUGAUGGUUCCUGAUGGGUUUAAGAGAAAAGGAAAGGUGAUGUAUAUAAGCAGAAACCCAAAGGAUGUGGCUGUUUCUUUUUACCACUUCCACAAUGUUUUCAAGCAUCUGGAAAACAAAGGUGACUUUGGUGGAUUUCUGCAGCAGUAUCUUAUGGGGCAAGGAAAAGUUGGGGACUGGAAGACGAUGUUCACUGUUGAUCAGAGUGAAAUGUUUGACAAGGCCUGUCAGGAAAAGAUGAAAGACUUCCCUAUGAAGUUUGAUAGUGAUCUGUAAAAAAAAAUACAUUAACUUAUGUACAGUCCUGUCUAUAUGAUGCUAUGAACUAACUAAAAUCAAACAUUUACAAGAAUUGUGUGAAUGAAUUGUGACAUUGUGACAUGUCAGAGGCAUCAAUGACUAACUGAUGGAUCAUCAACCAGGGUUAAAUAUGUAUUUUUCAGGCAUUUGUUGUUCUGUAUUGGACAGGGAAGUCAAGAAACUUAACGAAGAGGGAUCUUGCUGAAAGAGCAAAAUGGCCAGACCACAAACCCUGUGUUUUAGAGGUAGCUGCCCAGAACCAAUGGACCACAAAG